AUUCUGUCGCCACCACAAGACACCAUCCAUUUCCAAGAAUCUGAUUGUAUUGUUGAUCCAGAAAUCCUUUUAUACUAAGAACCAUGGUAUCCAUCAAGAUUCUUUUCUAUUUUCUGUUGGUCUUUCUAUCAUACUCUUCACCCCAAGUUGCUAGUUUUUCCAAAAUCAUAGUUGCCGUUGGUGAUCAAGGUGCAGCGAAAAACAGUGAAGCAAAGGCACUGUUAAAGUGGAAAAAUAGCCUUGACAAAACCAGCCAAGAUCUCUUGUCAACAUGGAGAGGUAAUAGUCCAUGCAAAUGGAAAGGAAUUCAAUGUUUCUCAAACUCUGUCUCCUCCAUAAAUCUUCCAGAUUAUGGACUCAAAGGUACACUUCACACACUCAACUUCUCCUCUUUCGCUAACCUCCUUAGCCUAAAUAUCUACAACAACUCCUUUUAUGGAACCAUUCCCCCACAAAUUGGUAAUAUGUCCAAAAUAAAUGUUUUGAAUUUUUCUUUAAAUUCUUUCCAUGGCUCCAUCCCUCAAGAAAUGUGGUCACUAAGGAGUUUACAAGGCCUUGAUCUUUCCACAUGUCAACUAAGUGGAACAAUUUCUAAUUCCAUAGCAAACUUGUCCAAAUUGUCAUAUCUAGAUUUAGGCACCAACAAUUUUUUAGGCCACGUUCCUCUAGAGAUCGGAAAGUUGAACAAGUUGGAGUAUCUAAGCAUUGCGGAGAAUAACCUUUUCGGUCCCAUUCCUCAAGACAUUGGAAUGUUGACAAACCUUAAGCUUAUUGAUUUGUCAACAAACUCUCUAUCCGGUAGUAUCCCUGAAACAAUAGGUAACUUGAGUAAUUUAAAUGAACUUUACCUUUCUAAUAACUCCCUUCUAUCAGGGCCAAUUCCAUCCUCUUUGUGGAAUGUGUCUAACUUGACCUUGCUCUACCUUGAUAACAACACACUUUCUGGAUCAAUCUCUUCCACCAUUGGAAACUUGGCCAAUUUAGUGGAACUUGCACUAGAUGUAAACCACUUUUCCGGAUCGAUUCCGUCCACCAUUGGAAACUUGACAAAGCUAAUAGUGUUGUAUUUAGGAUUUAACAAUCUUUUUGGAACAAUUCCUCCCUCAGUAGGAAAUUUGAUCAAUUUGGAUGUCCUUAGUCUCCAAGUAAACCAUCUCUCAGGAACAAUUCCAGCCACAGUUGGAAAUUUGAAAAGUCUCACUACUUUGGAAUUGUCCACCAACAAACUUAAUGGCAACGUUCCACAAUCCUUGAAUGACAUUCCCUAUUGGUAUUCCUUGUUACUGGCCGAUAAUGAUUUCACAGGUCAUUUACCACCUGAAAUUUGCUCAUCUGGGUCACUGGCAUUCUUUACUGCUCAUCUCAACCAUUUCACAGGUCCAGUUCCAAGAAGCUUAAAGAAUUGCUCUAGUAUUGCUAGACUCAGGCUGGAAGGAAACCAAUUGGAAGGAGAUAUAGCACAUGAUUUUGGUGUCUAUCCAAAUUUGGAAUACAUUGAUUUGAGUGACAAUAAGUUUUACGGCCAAAUUUCACCAAAUUGGGGUAAGUGCCCUAGCAUUGAUACCUUGAAGAUAUCCAACAAUAAUAUUUCUGGUUGCAUACCAAUCGAGCUUGUUGGGGCAACUAAGUUGGGGAGGCUUCAUCUUUCUUCAAAUCACUUGACUGGAAAGCUACCAAAAGAGCUAAGUAAAUUAAAAUCAUUAAUUGAAGUCAACAUCAAUAACAAUCAUCUUUCGGGAAACAUUCCCAUUGAAAUAGGAUUGUUGCAGAAUCUUCAACUCUUGGAUCUUGGAAAAAACGAGUUUAGUGGCACAAUACCAAAACAAGCAAUAAUGUUGCCCAAAUUAAUAAAACUGAAUUUGAGCGAUAAUAAAAUAAAUGGAAUAAUUCCUUUUGAUUUUGGCCAAUUAAAGUCUCUUCAAACUCUUGAUCUUAGUGGGAAUUUGUUAAGUGGAACAAUACCAGGAGAUCUUGGAGAUUUAAAGCAAUUAGAAAUGUUGGAUCUCUCUUCCAAUAAUCUUUCAGGUACUAUUCCAUCUUGUUUUGAUCUCAUGUUAAGUUUGACUUCGGUCAACAUAUCAAACAACCAGUUAGAAGGGCCACUUCCAAAAACUCGAGCCUUUCUUAAGGCUCCAAUUGAAUCAUUGAAAAAUAACAAAGGCUUGUGUGGAAAUGUCAUUGGUUUGAUGCUUUGCCCAACCAACCACAUUCAAAAGAGGCAUGAAAGCAUUCUACUUCCAUUAUUCCUUAUCUUGAGUGCUCUUAUACUAGUAUUAUCUGGGGUGGGUGUUUCAAUGUAUAUUCUUUGUCGGAAAGCAAAGAAGAAAGAAACAAAUGCUAAAGAAAAAUCAGAGUCUGAAGAAGUAUUUUCCAUAUGGAGCCAUGAUGGAAAACUUGUGUUCGAAAAUAUCAUUGAAGCUACCAAUAAUUUCAAUGAGAGGUAUCUCAUAGGAGUGGGAGGGCAAGGAUAUGUUUACAGGGUUGAGUUUCCUUCAGGUCAGGUUUAUGCUGUGAAGAAAAUUCAUUUGGAAAAAGAUGGAGAAAAUUCGAAUUUUAAAGCUUUCGAAAAUGAAAUUAGAGCUUUGACCGAAAUUAGACACCGCAACAUUAUAAAGCUCUAUGGAUUUUGCUCACAUCCACGAUUCUCAUUUUUGGUUUAUAAUUUUUUGGAAGGGGGUAGCUUGGAUCAAUUACUGUGCAAUGACACAAAAGCAGCCACAUUUGAGUGGGAAAUGAGGGUGAAUGUUGUUAAAGGAGUGGCCAAUGCUUUAUCCUAUAUGCAUCAUGAUUGCUCACCUCCAAUAAUUCAUCGUGAUAUAUCAAGCAAGAAUGUUCUUUUGGAUUCACAACAUGAAGCUCAUGUCUCUGAUUUUGGGACAGCUAAGAUUCUAAAGCUGGGUUCACACACUUGGACCACAUUUGCAGGCACAUUUGGGUAUGCAGCUCCAGAGCUUGCCCAAACUAUGGAAGUAACUGAGAAAUGUGAUGUCUUCAGUUUUGGAGUGCUUUCUCUAGAAAUCAUCAUGGGGAAGCAUCCAGGAGAUCUUAUUUCUUCAUGGUUAUGUUCAUCUUCAGCAACAGUAACUUGUAAUUUGAAACUAAUUGAUAUAUUAGACCAAAGACCACCUCAACCUCUAAAUUCAAUUGUGGGGGAUGUCAUUUUGGUUGCAAGCAUGGCAUUUUCUUGCUUGAGUGAAAAUCCUUGUUCUCGUCCAACCAUGGAUCAAGUGUCGAAAACGUUUAUGAUGGGGAAAUCACCUUUAGCAAACCAAUUCCCUAUGAUUAGACUUGGGCAACUGCUAUAAAGCAAUGAACUAAUUAAAUAUUUUGCUUU